UACACUCUCUCCAAAUGUCUGGCGGUCUCUUGAAAUUGAUAGCGAAACACCAUCCUAUUGAUGAUCCUCACCCGAAUUCGGAAAAUUCAACAGCAGAGAAACCUAAGAAGGUGCUGGAGCUGGAUUUAGGUAACGGAAGUCACAUUCUACAGAUUCCGCGAUUCAUCUCAUACCAACAUUCCUCCAACUAUUUCGAUUAUCUCCAUCAAAACAUCCCUUGGACCCGACCUACCAUCCGCGUUUUUGCCCGCUCACAUCUCCAGCCCAGGGAUACGUGCUACGUUGCAGGUGAAGGAUUGCCGCAGCUAGUUUAUAGCGGAUAUCAUCCUCAUGCUUAUUCAUGGGAUGAAUUUCCACCACUCAAGGAAAUUUUGGAUAUGGUUCAUGAAGCUCUUCCUGGAAGCAGUUUCAAUAGCUUAUUGCUGAAUAGGUACAAAGGAGGCAAUGAUUAUGUUGGUUGGCAUGCUGACGACGAGAAGCUUUAUGGAUCAACUCCUCAAAUUGCUUCGGUUUCAUUUGGAUGUGAACGCGAUUUUCUCUUGAAGAAGAAACCGAGUAAAGGUGCUCCAGUUAAGUCCGCUGAAAGAAGUGAAGGGGAACCCCCUAGUAAGAGAGCAAAGAAGCUCAAUAACAACAGUGACCAGCAUGCUUUCACAUUAAAGCAUGGGUCUCUUCUCGUAAUGAGUGGCUUCACGCAAAGGGACUGGCUCCACUCAGUGCCCAAACGUGUGAAAGCAGAUUCCACACGGAUUAAUCUCACCUUCAGACGCAUUAUAUGACAAAUUGCACAGCUAUCAGAAGUCUUCGGAGGAUGCUAGUUGAUCUUGAUCUGAUGUGGAAAUAAUUGACGUUUCAACUACGUAAAUUUCUGUUAUGACUAGUAACUAACUUAACUCACCAGUACUUUGCAUAUGUUGAGGAAGUUUUUUUUUUGGCUCAGUAUCAUGACAAAAUGUAGAUCUGUUGGCCUCUUUUUGAGUAUUAUGGGAAUCUUGGUUUGUUAAGCCCGGUGCCAUGCUCUACAUUGCUAUUGAAUCUGACAUGAUACUCAUCAGUCGCUUUGCUUACGAGUGAUUUUUCUUUUUAUGAGAAUGUAUCCAAGAUACAGAGGCCUAGGGAGUUGCAUGCAGGAGCAUGGACGAUGGAGAAACUACUGGUUGCUUUGCAGUGGAAGCCAGUGGUGAUUUACAUGUGAUGUUGAUGAAUGACUAGUCACUAGUGACUAGUGAGCUAGAGUUGCUUUCACCAUCAGAUAAAGGCUAAAAAAUGCCCGUGUCCUGUGGAUCUGAAUGCACUGUAAAUUCAUUAAGGGCGAUGUUUUCUUCGUCAAUAGAAUAUAGUGUUGCUGUUUGUCCUAAUAUUUUGUACUUAUAUCCUUUCUUGCAUAGUAUCAUCGGAUGUGAUAACACGCGCCGCGUGUUUUUUAUCCCCAAGGAUGGGUUUAGAGUUAAUAUUUGUUCUUGAUUAACUUGUGUAGUUCUACAGGCAUUUUUAGUGAGACAGAAUCUUAAAUUAGGUAUGUAUCCCCUUCUCUCUCUCUCUCUCUCACACACACACACAUAGUUGAAAAAUGAUGGUGUUUUGAGUUGGGGUGUUGGAGAAGAUCCGGAGAUCGUAACCGGAGAACGGUGGGUACUUAAAAGGAUGAAGAUGAUCCAUGGCUUGACUCCACUUCCAAGACUCCGAUAACCUGUUUAGUUGAAGUUGGUACCGCGCCUGCACAUGUCGAACAUGCUGAAAGAACAAUUGAUAAGCGGGCAUACAACCCUGAUCCUUCCGAAGGAAGAGGGCUUCAAACAAGGGUAAGUUGAUUAUUAUCACUACCCCAUUCAAAAGAAUCUGUAAUGCACAAGCAUCCAAAUCUGUUGCUGGCUUCUUGAUAAUUAUGCUUCUGGCGAUUGAGAUUGAUGUAAGGAGAUUGAACAGCGCAAUUGUUGCUAAAAUGAUGAACAUCGAUGAAGCUGCGCCGAAUUCCAUCAUCUCUUGCUCAAAUCUUUUAGAAACAUCAUCGUCCACAUUCUUCCCAGUGAUUACAAAAUUCAACUCUGCGAAGCCCAAGUACCUCAUGAUUAUUUGACAGAAUCCAAAAAGAUAACUGGAAUAUCUGAAAGAGGCCUUCUGACCAUCGAGUUUGCUGAAUUAGUGAACUUAACAGCGUCACAGGAGCUACUCCCAAGAAGCCUUUCCUCCCUGGGUUAAAGUAGACGGAUCUCCAUCCGUUGCACUGUAUCGAUAAUCCAGUGACCACAUCUUCAGAAGGACAUCCAUACUUCAACCCCAUCUUUGAUUGGAGACCCCUUCUCGUACUUCUUCCCAGUGAGAGCGUCUCUUCUGUGGAAACAGCAACUGCCAAUGUAUAGUGGCCCUCCAUGUGCAUCCAAGGCUAGAAUCUCUACCUUCAGUUAUCAGUAAACCAUUAUGAUAGGUAGAAAGAAGAAUGCUAUAAGCUCAUUGGACUUACUAAGGCAUUCAUGGCUCCGGCUUUGAAGUUAUGUGGGUACCCAGGUCUCUUCUCACGUGCCAAAUAUACGAGCAUUGGCAAAGAUGAACUCUUUGUACGUACUUGAAGAAUGUUGUGGUGGUUGCUUCUGCUUGCGCCUGAUUUCCAUUCAUGAAGUCCUUUGUGGUGCUUCCUCAAAUGAUCAGGAACUCUCCCCAGCUUCAUGAUGUCGGUUAUUUGCGCCUCCAUUUCGUUAUGCAGCUUCUGUUAAUAUAGGAAAACAAAAAAGAAGAUGAAUAUAAAUCAGAUUUUGAGCUGAUGUCAAGAAUUCUGAGCAUUACGUACCUUGACUUCCCUCCAUUCUUUGGCAAAAGUAGGGUCAUCACUAGGUACUUGUUUAACAGCAGAGAAGUAAGCAUUAGGCGCCCGCAGCUCGACAUUAAAGCUCUUACAAAAUGGCAGCCAUACUCUGGAAAACUUUGAAGCUUCAUAAAGAGCGUAGAACACCAAGUCCGAGCACCCGUCAUCGGAAAGAUACACGCUGAGCUUCUCGGGAGGGUAAUCAUACGCCAUCACCGACAGCACAGUGUCAGCCACCAUUAGUGGCGGCUCCAGUUGAGGGUCAGCUGUGCUUACAAAUAUGUCUAUGCGUGGAAGGUCGUCCCCGUAUCUGCAUGAAAAGCUUUUCUGUCAGUUCUUGGUUUGAUGGUUUAGUUAGGCAUGGUUUUUUACCUUCGGGCGAGCCUGUCUUUGAAGGUGUAACGGGAGACAGCUCGAUACCGCACAAAUUGAGUGAUGAUCCAGUAGAUGAUGAACCAGAGUUCUGCCAUGGAAAUGCCAAUCCAUGUCCAUCUUGUCAGUCCAUGUUGUUGUGGGAAGUGCAUCACUCUGUAGAUGCAGAUCAAUGCUAUGGAAACCGCCAUAGAAAUCGCGUAAAACCAGUAAACACCGCGCCAUUUGCCCGCCUUGCUCUCAAACAGUGGCAUGUACUCGUUUUUCUUCAUAUCCCUUUUCUGUAUCUCUUUUGAAAUUGUGCUUGGAAAAUAUGGUUUGCUAAUUUGUCUCCAA